ACCACCUACGAGAUUUUAAUUUUGUUAUUGACACAGGAAAUGGCAGAACGGAAAAGCAAAGAAAAGAAGGGAAGGGCGUGCGUUGUGGUUUUGGGCGACAUUGGACGCAGCCCUCGAAUGCAGUACCAUGCUCUUUCACUCGCCAAUCAGGUUUUUCUUCUUUUCUAUAAUUUCGUGUAAUAAUUCAAUUUAGUUUAAUUUUAUAUGAUUAUUUUCUUUUUCUUUUUCCAUUUGGUUUGAUUGUCUGAAUUCAUGUGUCUCCUUUGAGUUCUUUGUAAUUUUGCAAGGACCUGGAUCACUGAAAAAGUAGUAUUGGCUUCUGAGUAAUUCGUCUGUUCUAAGUUUUAAUUGGGGAAGAACUGCGAAUGCUAUUGACUUUUAGCUUUUGGGAGUAGGAUUUUACCAAAAUUCUGAUGGCUGGGUUCUGCACUGGGCUUUCCUGGAGGUAGACAUUGUUGCAUAUGGAGGUUCAGAGCCCCAUACUGCUCUUCUUGCCAACCCAUCUAUUCAUAUUUAUCUAAUGAAGCAGUGGCCACCAGCCCGUCAAAGCUUACCAAGGAUACUUCAACCGAUAAUGCUUUUGUUGAAGCCCCUGGUUCAAUUUUUAAUGCUUCUUUGGUUCCUUUGUGUAAAAGUAUCAUCUCCUGAUAUUUUUAUUGUCCAGAAUCCUCCUUCAGUUCCAACCCUGGUGGCAGUAAAAUGGGCUAGCUGGUUGAGGAAUUCAUCUUUUGUUAUGGAUUGGCAUAAUUUUGGAUAUACUCUACUCGCUCUGUCGUUAGGAAGAAAUAGUCAUUUUGUCUCUUUAUAUAAAUGGUUUGAAAAGCAUUAUGGAAAAAUGGCAGAUGCUUCUCUAUGUGUAACAAAAGCAAUGCAGCAUGAAUUGGCUCAAAACUGGGGAAUUAAUGCUACGGUUUUGUAUGAUCAGCCUCCUGACAUCUUUCAUCCAGCUUCACUGGAGGAGAGGCAUAAGUUGUUUUGCAGAUUAAAUGAGGACUUUUUUCAGCCUCUUGGUCUCAGAGAUUGUGUUAGUAAUGGAAGUUUGUUGAUGGCUAGCGAUUGCCAAAACGAGACUCUGUUUACUACCGAAGUUGGUUCAAACAUAUAUUUGAAGCCAAACCGACCAGCACUUGUUGUAAGCAGUACAAGCUGGACUCCUGAUGAAGAUUUUGGCAUUCUCUUGGAAGCUGCUGUAAUGUAUGACAGACGUGUUGCUGCCAUAUUAGGUGAAGAUGAUUCUCUAGAUGAGGGGGUCAUAUGGCAAGAAAUAUCUGAUGGAAAGCAAUCUUUAUAUCCCAGACUGUUAUUCAUCAUUACUGGAAAAGGUCCUGAAAAAGAAAAGUAUGAGGCAAAAAUAAAGAGAUUGAAACUUAAACGUGUGGCAUUCCGUACCAUGUGGCUGUCUGCUGAUGAUUAUCCACUACUGCUAGGAUCGGCUGAUCUAGGGGUUUGUCUGCAUACUUCAUCGUCAGGAUUAGACCUUCCGAUGAAGGUCGUUGAUAUGUUUGGCUGUGGACUGCCAGUUUGUGCUGUUUCAUACUCUUGCAUUAAAGAACUGGUUAAAGUUGACAAAAAUGGUCUUCUCUUUUCGUCAUCGUCAGAGCUGGCUGAUGAACUUCUGAUGCUCGUCAAGGGAUUUCCUGAUGACUGUGAUGCGUUGAAGGUCCUCAAAUUUGGUGCAUUAGAAACUGGUUCUUCAGCAAGGUGGGCUACUGAAUGGGAAGAACAUGCAAAGCCACUGAUAACUGAGGUUAUAUCAAGAUUUUGACUCUUGAUUCAUAGAAGACAUAUUUAGCUGCUCUGACAGCAAAUGGGAUUGAUCUGUUGAUCUGAUCCAGAGGAGAGUUGACUAGUAUCAUGUGCUGAUUACAUGCAGAUUUGAUGAUGUUUGGCAAUUUCCAAGUCAGAGUUACCUUAUACAGAAUAGGUAUGCAGCUGGGUUUCCAACAUCUGUCUGUUGUUGACUUGCUGCGUUUGAAGAUGUAAAUAGGUGUUCUCUGUAAAAACUGGCUCUACGUGCUUUAAGAUUUUAUUUUCUUUGAGUUGUUAUACGAAAAGCUUCAAGUUAGAU